UGCACAAAAAUAAAAAAGGAAAUUUGAAAAGAAAAUAAAAAAGAAAAUACACAAAAAAUAAUACAAACAAAAAAAAAUAGAAAUACAAAAAUAAAGCAAGAAUAAGGGAAAAUCAAUUUUUUCUCUGCAACCAUUUUAAAUCAACUUAGUCUACUCAUAAGUGUGUGUAUGUGUGUGUGUGCGAAUUACGGUAAAAAUAAACCAAAAACAAAAAGAAAACUUUUUACAAUUCUAAGUAAUAAAAUGCUUUAAAAUUAAUCAUAGAAAAACAAAGAAAAAAAAAUAAAAAAAAUAUUUGCAAAAUAAAUCCCACUCAUCUAAAAAUACAUUGAAGUAAACUUUAUUAAACCAAUAUGGCCACAUCAUCCUCUUCAACAUCUUCAUCAAGUCGUUUGGGUAGUGCUUCUCCUUCAACUUCGGUUAUAUGUCAAGAAGUAUUCGAUGAUUCUUGUCAACCCUCUGAAGAUGAAAUCAACGAUUAUGCUUUAUUGGUUGGCAUUGAUCCAGUUAAAGAAACACAUUUGCUGUAUUUGGCCAAAGAAGGUUUGAUGCAGGCACUGCCUGACGAUUGGAAAAUAUGUUAUUCAGAGGAGAAAUCUGGUCAUUAUUAUUAUAAUCUUAAAACAAAAACCUCACAAUGGGAACAUCCACUCGACGAUGUUUAUCGUAAUUUAGUAGAACAAGCAAGACAAAAGCAUCAUCACAAUGCUCUACAAACACAAAAUACAAACGCCACGAAUGUCAUCAUCAGCGCCAUCAUAAAUACUACAACCUCAAUAGCCCCUACUACGAAUGUGGUGGAUAAUUCUGAUGAUGCCUCACAAUUAGAUUCCGGUAUACGUAGUUUACAGGGCACCGAUGAAUGUGAUAAUACAACCAACACUUUGGAAAUGUCUUCGCCCAGUACAACCCAAAUGAGCCAGGGAGCCAUUCCCAAACAGAGUAACAGUAUGGGUGGCAAUGGUAGUGGCUGUGGUGGUGGUGGCGGAGGCGGUAGUUUAACUACAAACAAUUCUUCAUCGUCCUCUACCACACCCAGUGGCUUUAGUGGUGGCGUUAAUCGUUUCUUGGAAUCGAGAACGAAAAACUUUGGUUCCACGUUUAUGCCAGUGAAAAACACCCGAUUUGAAGUGACCAAAACUAAUCCACAAUUAGGUUUCAAUAUGCGUUUGGCCAAUGAUAAUCUCUUGCAAAAGUUUCCUCUUGCCAAUAGACCAGAAACAGAAGCCCAAAACCACUUGGAAAAGAAAGGUUUUACGCUGUCGGGCACGGGAGCCAUGUUUCUGAAAUCACGCCGUCAGCUGGAGGUUGGCCUAAAUCAGGCCUCUGCCAUCAUUACCAAUCCUCACAAUAUCAUGUGCAACAGUUCCAGUGUUAUAGUAGAGGGCAUAGCUGGUACUCCUCCGGGGGUUAAGGGUAUUUUACGUGAUUCCAGUUUGACUGACAUGCGUAGACGCCUGGACAAGGAUAAUCAUCAUGAAGACACGGUAGAGGAUAAAAAGCGGGUACAUUUUAAUUUAGAGGACUGUUCGAAAUUGCGUCAUUCACCCGAGGAGGAUCCUAGUAGUUCCAGGAAAUUGACUCAAAGUCCUGAAGUUUCCGCCAAUUCUGAUGAUGACGCCGAAGACGAUGAUCCCUGGGAUGAUGACGACGAAGAUGGUGAGGAGUUAAAUGAUUGUGUGGGAAUUGGCAGUCUACCUCUAGAUGGCGCCGCCUAUCAACGUAGUCUCAAUCCUUUCCUCAUCAACGACGAAAAACAUCUAAAAGAAGUUAAGAUAAUACCAGUAUCCAAGACUCAAACCAUACAAAUGCUUAAAGCUCAAAGCUUUUCCAUGGAUUUGCCCGAUCGAGAGAAAGCCAAGGUGACUGAUUUGACAAGAUCCCAAAGUGUAGAACAUACUCAAACCUCCAAUGCAUCGGCCGUACAAUAUUUGGACAAACUGAAAGAAACGCCCACGGUUAAACCUCUGUACGAGGACACUGAUUCCGAUUCCAAAGGUAGUUCAGUAAGAAGUUUCAUCAUUAACAAAUCCGAACAAGACUCUUUACAUUCAGCGGGACCAUCCAACAAUCCUUUCGAUCUAGACGAGCUGGGACGUAAACAUAGUCGUGAAGUGGAACAAUUAGAAAUGAAAUUGCAGUCAGUAAAUAGUGAGAAAUCGUGUGCCAGAUCCCUAAAAGUAGCUUCCAAAUUAGUGAGUUUCCUCAAGAAAGACAAUGAUAAAAUUUCAGAAAAACCUAAAGAUGAGCCUGCAGAAAAAACACCAGACAUCAUACAGGAAAAGAUGGAGAAUGAAAAACAAUUAUGGUUAAAAGAAGAACGUGAGCGUUUAGAAGAACAAUUGCAAAACGAAAUUGAUUUGAUUAAGAAGGAACAUGAACAGAAACUGAAAAAUAUACGCCAUGAAUAUGAUCUGCGUUUAACCUCUCACCGCCAUCAAAUGGAGGAAGCUAUAGAGCUGCAGUUUGAGGAGAUUCGCCAUCAAUUAGAAGAAGAACUGGAUAACAAACGCAAAGCCGUUGUAGAUGAACACAAGGCUCAAAUGUGUACUUUGCAAAAGAAUCAUGCCGAGAUUUUGGAGGAUCUCGAGAGAGACUUAAAGAGCGAAGAGGAGAUAUUGAAAAAGGAACAUGCCUUGAAAUUAAACGAAAUGAAAGCUAAACUCAAUGACGAACUGGAACUGGAGCGGCAACGUAUGCGGGACAAUGGAGAAGAUAGACUCUAUGAGAAAGUGCGCUGUGAAAAACGUCUGUUGGAAGACAAAUAUAGAUGCCUCAAGGAGAAGUACAUAAGACUUAAGACCGAUGUUAAACUAUCACUAGAAAGACGAAAUCGUCGCCGCGAAGCCCAAGCCUUACAGCAACAAAGUUUACACACUUGUACCACGGGUUCAGAAACAGAACGAUCCAUAUCGAAUAAGCCUUCCAUAGGCAACAGUGACAAUCGUUCUUUAUCUUACUCUACUUCCUGUCAAAAUAGUGUUGGUGUUUCUACCAACACAGCCGGCAAGAAUAUCAAACCUCCUUUGCCACCCAAAACACACUUGCAUCCUCCCAGCAAAGAUCAGCUACAUCAGCAGCAGCAGCAUCACAGUGAUCGUAGCACAGAAAAGGGUGCUGCUCCUGCUACACGUAAACCUGGUAUAGCCUCAAAAUAUAUUAAACACUUGCAAGCUCAGGACGAUACUACUUCGAUGAGUCAAUCGGAUACUACUAUUUCAAAUAACUAUUCCAAAGGGCGUUACUUACCAGCUCCGCAGCCUAUAUUAAGUGAUAAUGGUAAUUCCGAUUCCGAAGCGUUUCAAAGUAAUCAAGAGAACAAUAAUAAUUCUCGUGGUGGUGGUGGUGGUGUGCAACGUAAGAAACAGUUUUCUCGCCAAAAAUCAGCCUCCACUUCUCGUCUAAACAAUUCCGAAAACUUCAAAACUGAACGUCCUUGCACGCCUGUCGAGAAUCUACGCCAUCAAUUGCAAAAACUAGAAGAUCUAGAAGAUCAGUUCCCCGAAAAUACUCUGGAUGCUACCUAUCAUUUACGUUAUCCUUUCUCGGACAUUUCCAAUGCCGAUUAUGCAGCUGCCGGUGCGGCCAGCUCUGAGUUGGAGUUUUUCAAGCACCGCAUACAUCUCGAACGUGAUUCCGUAAGGCGAGCCAAAGAAUCUUUGCGCACUCAAAGAACCAACUUCCGAGCUAGACAACGAGAGAUCAAACAAAGACACAAGGCUAUGGUCAGUCGCCAUAGUUUGGAUCAAUUGAUACAGGAGGAAAAAGAGCUUACUGAAAUGGAGGUGAACUUGCAUCGUACAAGAGCUUUAUUGGGCGAAAAAGUCAUACGUUUGCGCCACUUGGAGCAGAGCUUAUUGCGUAUUUACGAAAAAGAAAAGCCGACUAUGGAUCUUUUGGGUGUGGAACCGAAAGAAGAUGCUACUUUAAGCGAUUUAUCAUCGCACUCGAGCUCAGGUUUUAGCAGCACUGAUUUUGCCAGUGGUGAUACACAGAAUUUAAAUAAACGCAAAGAUCUUUAUCAAUUGGAAUCGAAUGAUUGCAUUAAGAAUUUGGAAAUUUUGAAUGCGGAAAUACGAGAGAUUUUAGAUUUGUUGGGCAAAACUGGACAGCAUGGAGCUUUAAGCGCUCCCAUGAUUUCUCCAUCCGAAUUGAAUUGGUCGCAUAUGUUAAGUUCUGGCCCAGUAGCUGCUAACAAUCCCCCAUCAGGUAACAACCAUAUUAAUCUGCAACAACAAUUUAAUGCGGCUAGCAAUAUACCUUCCACACUACAUACAGCUCAUUCUAUUCCAACUUUAGCAGAUCGUUUGGAAACCUAUCGACAACUGGCUACGGGACGCAUGCAAAACUCCAUGAUAGCAGCCAACACUAUUGUCUCUCAAAAUCCUCGAGCUGUUAGUUACACCACCAGUUUGGUGGAGCGUACCAGAGACUUGCGCAACUGGUUGAGGCAGGCCAAAAACGAGCAUGAACUAUUAAGCAGCAUGACACUAGGUGUCAUGACCGGUGUACAUCCUAGUGCCCAAUUGACAGCUAAUACUGCAAUGGGUGCUAGUGGCAGCGGUGCCGGCGGUGGGGGUGGUCCACAAACGAAUCUAUAAUUAGAAGAUCAGGACGCAAGAAAAACGCCCGGUAUGGUGUUCUGUUGUUGGCGUAAACAGGCCACACUGGCCUAAAAUUAUACCUACUCGUUUUCCACAGAAAUGGUUAAUGGUUGUUUAUUCAAAUAUUUUAUAAUAGCAAAUGAGAAAGAAGAAUGUGUUAAUGGUGCCAAAGUUAAUAGAGAGAAUUAAUAAGAGUUGUUGCUAAAAGUUUUAAAGAAAAUGUUUUUAAAUAAAUCUAUUAAAUUAAUAAAUUAAAUAAA